CAAAACAACAUUUGUUCCAUCUCGCAUCACUCCUUCAAAGUCCACAAUAGCCUUCAUUCGCUUCCUCACAUUCUCAACAAUGAACUCAUCGCCAUCACCGUCAUCACCAUCGAUCUACCACGUGCCAGACCUAGGUGCAAACGAUAUGGACCGUGUGGCAGACCACACUUUCCGAACCUACAAUGCAAAUGUGGCCAAGAGAAGUGGUAAAGGGACGGCAAUUGUGUGGUUCAGAAAUGAUCUGAGGGUGUUAGACAAUGAAGUUCUCUACAAAGCGUGGCUCUCUUCGGAAACUCUCUUACCCGUUUUCUGUGUUGAUCCUCGCCUCUUUUCCACCACUUAUCACUUUGGUUUUCCCAAAACUGGAGCAUUGAGAGCACAAUUUUUCGUCGAAUGCUUAGCCGACUUGAGGAAGAACUUGACAAAAUUCGGACUUAAUUUGCUUAUACAACACGGAAAGCCUGAAGAUAUUCUUCCUUCUCUAGCUAAAGCUUUCAAAGCUCAUACAGUGUAUGCCCAGAAAGAAACCUGCAGUGAGGAGCUGAAUGUUGAAAGAUUAGUCAGCAAAGGUCUUCGACAAGUAGCAAUGCUAUCCGGGGAAUCCAGUAGUUCGACGAAUUCAAACAACUUCCCCAAGUUGCAAUUGAUUUGGGGUACCACCUUGUACCACAUAGAUGACCUUCCUUUUGAUGCUGGUAGUUUGCCGGACGUGUAUACUCAAUUUCGUAAGACUGUCGAGGCGAAGUGUUCGAUACGUCCGUGCAUCAAACUUCCUGUGUUGCUUGGACCUCCUCCACUUGUUGAGGAUUGGGGGUGUGUUCCUACAUUAGAGAAGCUGGGACUUAGCUCACAGAAUGUUAGCAAGGGGAUGAAAUUUGUAGGAGGUGAAACUGCGGCGUUGAGCAGAGUAUAUGAAUACUUUUGGAAGAAGGAUUUGCUAAAGGUAUAUAAAGAGACCAGAAAUGGAAUGUUAGGACCUGAUUACUCCACUAAGUUCUCACCAUGGCUUGCAUUUGGAAGCUUGUCUCCUCGUUUAAUACAUGAAGAGGUGAAGAGAUAUGAGAAUGAAAGGAUAGCAAAUGGUUCUACAUACUGGGUCUUGUUCGAGUUGAUAUGGAGGGAUUACUUCCGGUUUUUAUCGGUGAAAUAUGGGAAUUCAAUUUUCUAUUUAGGUGGCCCUAGGAAGGUUCAGCAGAAGUGGAGCCAAGACAAGAUUUUGUUUGAAUCAUGGAGAGACGGCUGUACCGGAUAUCCUUUGAUUGAUGCCAAUAUGAAAGAACUAUCAACAACAGGGUUUAUGUCAAACCGAGGACGGCAGAUUGUGUGUUCAUUUCUUGUUCGUGAUAUGGGCAUAGAUUGGCGAAUGGGAGCAGAGUGGUUCGAGACGUGUCUUCUAGAUUAUGAUCCAUGUUCUAAUUAUGGAAACUGGACUUAUGGUUCAGGAGUUGGGAAUGAUCCAAGAGAAGAUCGAUAUUUCAGCAUUCCGAAACAAGCACAAACAUAUGAUCCGGAAGGAGAAUACGUUGCAUACUGGUUGCCACGACUGCAAACAAUUCCGAAAGAGAAAAGGAACUUUCCUGGAAAUUUAUACAUCCGUCAAAUUGUGCCUCUCAAGUAUGGUAGACUCCAGAAUGACGGCGCAAGAAGCAGCAAUGAUAGAAGGAAUGACAGAAGAUGGAACAGGAACUAAAUUCAGGGAAGAUAUGAAGAAUGGCAGCUUCUUUCAUUAUUUUAUCUUCCACGGGUGUAGAUUAGCAAGAAAUUCUUGUAUGCACAGGUUAGUUGAAGCCCAUAUAUUCUCUUUAACAUAACUAGAAUGAGACCCGCGCAUCAUGCGUGGGACGUUAAAUUAAUGAUAGUAUAUAACAAAUAUUAAAAAUUGUUAUAUUUUGUAGAAUUAAAUUAAAUAUGUGUAAACUAAAGUUAAAUUUAAAAGGUGUUUUAUUUAAAAUAAUUUGUAGUACAAAAGAUUUAGA